AUUUUUGAGCUGCGAAACGGGACUGAUAAAUUAUUGAGGUGGUUUUAAAACACCACAAAUAAAUUAUUUAUUUAUUUACUUUUAUUUUUUUAUCACAUCAACUCUUUAUAAAACCAGCUUUUAUUUUUUUAUCACAUCAUCACUUUAUAAAACCAACAAACUUCUUCCCAUACAAGCGAGGCCGAAGUCAUUGUUUGCGCUUCAGCAUCACAUUUUGGAAAUCAGCCACAGUUUUGUAGAGAGAGAGAGAGAGAGAAAGAACCCAGGGAUGAGCGAUCAAGAAGCCGAGAUGGACAACAAAACAUACUUGGACGAUACCGAAGAGGACGGUGGUUUAGAGUCGUCCGGGUCCGCCCUCAACCGGCUUGCCAUGCUCCGGCUCAACCCCCCAGUGUCCUCGUGCAGGGCGUGCGGUGGCUCCAUGAAGAGACGAUCACCCUCCUCGUCUUCAUCAUCUCUCCAAGAACCCAAAUCCAAGAAAAUCAGCCGUCACCCCUCCUCCACCCUUAUCGUCGGCGACCAUCUCCUCCAGGGCUUCACCAAGCUUCACCUUCCAAUCCCCACUCUCCACCGCUGCGUUUCUGACCCCAUUAAUUCACCCGGAACAACCAACAACAACAACCCCACUAAUGCUAAUGGUUUCUUCAACCCUCUCUCAUCUCAAAAUGCCAAGACUCCCUCACCACCACCACCACCACCACCGAAUGCAAAACCCACUUCCUCUGCUUCCGCCACUCUCCGCCGUUCCCUCUCUGACCCAAUUCCAACCCCAACACCUCCUCCGGACUCCAUCCAAUGCCUCACUCCCAAUUCCAAGAGGUUGAAGAGAAUGAGGGAUCGAAUGAAAGAGAUGAGUCAGUGGUGGGACGAAGUCAUGGAAGGGGAAAAAGAACGUGGCUCUGAAGAUGAUAACAACAAUGGCGCUCCACAGAAGUUGCAGGAUGAGUCUGAGACAACUGAAUGUGAGGAAGCAGUGAGUGUGGAGAGAUCUGGGAAGUGGUUAAUCGUUCACAUCAAGUGUUCUUGCGGCAAAGGCUAUCAGAUUCUGCUAUAUGGAAACAUCUGUUACUACAAGUUGAUGUAACUUUUCAUUUCAUUCUCCUUGUAAUUUCACAUUGUGUACUGGUUUCAAUUCACAAAGAUUCUUUAGAUAUAUAGUAGUACAUACACUCAUCAUUCUUGACCUUCUUUCUUUUAAUCCAAAACAGAGUUUCUUUUUUUUC